AGACAUUCGUAUUGUAAAGAUGGAAAAGUGGAGAGGAAAGUUUGCAGUUAUCACUGGAGCAUCAGCUGGCAUUGGUGAAGAAAUUGCAAAAGAUUUUCUCAAAAAUGGAAUAAAUGUUAUUGGAUUGGCACGACGACCUGAAUUAAUUUUACAAUACGGAGAGAAAAUUGUUGGCGAAGGUUAUGGAAAAGUUUAUGCACACAAAUGCGAUGUCACAAGUCUCGAAUCAAUAAAGGAUGCAUUUAAAUGGAUUGAGGAGCAAUUUGAGGUGAUUCAUAUCCUCGUCAAUAAUGCUGGAAUAUUAAAAAGUCUGAAAAUUCUUGGGGAUGAAGAUUGCGGUGACAAAAUCAAUGAAGUAAUUCAAACGAAUUUCAAUGGAUUAGUUCAUUGUAGCCAUGAAGCAUAUCGACUAAUAAAAAAGUCAGAAGAUUAUGGAUUCAUCAUCAAUAUCAACAGUAAUGCAGGUCAUCGGAUCUUUUUUCCUGCACCUGGCUUGUCACAUAAUGUUUAUCAUGGAACCAAGUUUGCUGUCACAGCCACAAGUGAGAUUAUGCGACAGGAAUUAAUCAUGCAAGAAAAUGAUAAAGUUCGGGUUACGAGCAUAUCACCUGGAGUUGUCAACACUGAACUCUUUGCAAAAGCUGGACAUGCAUCGCCAACAAACUUUUAUGGAAACGUUCCAUCAAUCAAGGCAGAAGAUGUGGCGAAUGCGGUAUCUUAUUUGCUUACUACUCCAUACUAUGUCAAUAUUACUGAGCUAACCAUCAAGCAUGUUAGUCAGAAGUUUUAGAGAAUAGACGAUAUUUUGUUUUCAGUAUUGAUGCAUUAAUUGAGGAAGUUAUGAUAUCGAAUGGAGAGACAAUAUGUUGAUAUUUGAGGUGGAACUGAUAACU